CUAGGAGGGCGGCUAGGGUUUUGAGAGGAGGAGCGCGAUGGUGGCGCUUACGCUCCAGAAGCGGCUGGCGGCGUCGGUUCUCAAGUGCGGGCAGAAGAAGGUGUGGCUCGAUCCCAAUGAAGUCAACGAGAUCUCCAUGGCGAAUUCCAGGCAGAACAUCCGGAAGCUCGUCAAGGAUGGGCUCAUAAUCAAGAAGCCCCAGAAGAUUCACUCUCGCGCUCGCGCUCGCCGCGAGCUGGAGGCCAAGAGGAAGGGUCGCCACUCCGGCAAAGGUAAGAGACACGGUACUCGCGAAGCCCGGCUUCCAUCCAAGAUCGUCUGGCUCCGGAGGAUGCGUGUUCUUCGCCGUCUCCUUCGCAAGUACCGCGACGCUAAGAAGAUCGACAAGCAUAUGUACCACAGCAUGUACAUGAAGGUCAAGGGUAACGUUUUCAAGAAUAAGCGCGUCCUCAUGGAGAACAUUCACAAGUUCAAGGCCGAGAAAGCUCGCGAGAAGACUCUCACCGAUCAAUUCGAGGCCAGGCGCGCCAAGAACAAGGCGACGCGGGAGAGGAAGAUCGCUCGCCGGGAAGAACGAUUGGCACAGAAGUAGAGUUCCUUCAUCACUAUCAACAUGAACACUGAGCUUGUGAUGUUUUGUUCUCGAAUGGAAUCGUAUUAUGACUAUAGUUUGUACCUUCUCGAAGAAUACAAACAAUUCGAUAAACUAUGAUGUUC